CUCGUUCCGUAUUAAGUUCAAAUCAUGUGCAAAUUUGUGAUUAAGUGCAUUUGAAAACUAGUGUUAUGAUAUUAUACUCAUAUUUAGUUUUAAAAUACGAGUUUUAAAUCAAACAAUCAAUUUCCGUCAAGUUAUUAAUACCAAGUAUAAAACCAAGAAAACAACAGUUAGAUAAUUUUUAAUAGCAGCUAUGUGGAUUAAAUCGGCAUUAUGCCGCGUAGACCGUGGAUAAUAAGAAGAAUAUUUAGAAUGCCUGUUGCAGAGACCAGUGAUCAAUAUUCCGUAUGGGUUGGAUUGAUAUACAUAUUCAACCUCAUUGUGGGGACCGGUGCUCUGACUUUGCCAGCAGCCUUUGCAAGAGCAGGAUGGGGACUCAGCACAAUAUCCCUUGUGUUCUUGGCCUUUAUGAGUUUUAUGAACGCUACUUAUGUGGUUGAAACCAUGGCAUGUGCCAACGCUGUGUUCAAAUGGAAAAGAUUGCAAUUUAUUAAGAGAAACAGUGUUCAAGAAAAUGAAUCCGAUGAGGAAGCUACUUCACAAAACUAUGGAGACAUGGAGGAUCCGUUGGUGUGUGGGGACUCGAUACCUUCUCGAUACUAUAGUCUCGACAAUCGGAUAGAAUUAGGAGAAAUGGCCAAUUUAUUCCUCAACAAAACUGGACGCACAAUGUUCUACUGCACACUCUGUGUGUAUUUAUAUGGAGACUUAUCUAUAUAUUCAGCUGCGGUAUCCAAGUCACUUAUGGAUGUGAUAUGUACAACAAUCCCCUCGAAUAUGACGAAUUCGUCGGAUUGGGACGUUCUACCAUGCUUCGUAUCAUCAGGAACAGCUCAGUACACGAGAUUCGAGUGCUAUAGAAUAUCGUUACUGACAUUCUUUGGAGUCAUGGGACCGUUUGUUUUCUUCAAUGUGCAGAAGACCAAGUACUUGCAGCUGUUCACGUCUGGGAUGAGGUGGCUCGCGUUCGCCAUUAUGAUAACGAUGGCGAUCCACCUGCUGGUCGUGGACGGUCCUCAGGGCAGGCCGCCGGCGUUUGACUUCACAGGGAUGCCGACGUUGUUUGGUGCCUGCGUGUAUUCCUUCAUGUGUCACCAUUCACUGCCAGCUCUCAUCAGUCCCAUUCGAGGAAAAAGCCGCCUGAACCUCCAUCUCUCUCUCGACUACGCACUCAUAAGCAUCUUCUAUCUCCUUCUAGCAUUCACAGGAGCAUUCGCUUUUGCCAAUCUAAACGACCUGUACACUCUAAACUUCGUGCCAACAGAUAACGAGAACAUAUUCCUUGAAAUCGUCGAAUACUUCCUCGCCCUUUUCCCAGUUUUCACGCUCUCCACCAGUUUUCCAAUCAUCGCGAUCACGCUCAGGAAUAACCUGCAAAGCUUAUUCCUGGACACCAGUAGAUUAGAUUCGUACAACUUUGUCCUUAGGAAGCUGGUGUUCCCGGUAGUGGCGGUGGUACCACCGUUGCUACUGACCUACUUCUUAGAAGAUAUAAGUAUACUGAUAAAGUUCACCGGCUCUUACGCCGGCACCGGGAUACAAUACUUGAUGCCGACGUUCCUAGUGCUCUCAGCCAGAAGGCAUUGCAGCAAUCUGUUAGGUCUAGGCGUCGUCAAUAAAUACAAAAGUCCUUUCUCGAACGUAGCGUGGGCGGCGUUCGUUCUGAUGUGGUCCUUCAUGUGCAUUAUAUUAGUGUCAGUUAACAUGUUCGAGAGACGAUGACAAUAAAGUAGGAAUAUAUACACUUCAACAAUUAAAAGUAUGGAUAAAUAAAACUCUGUUCGUCGAUUCUAUAUCUAACAAUAAGCUGUGUUUUGCUCAAAAUUUUCUCGUUCAAUUUCUAACGUCAUUUGUUAAUGUGAGAAUGUUAAUAAAUAUGUAACUAAUAUAAAAAAAAAAACUAAACUAAUUUUUAAAUGAUCUCUAAUGAAAUAUAUGAGAAAGUUCCAUUUAUUAUUAUUAUUAUUGUAUCAGUGACCAAAGCUUCUAAAUGUUUUGCUAUUUUUUUUUUUACACUUAAUAUACUAUAUGAAAGAUUAUUGAAUAAGAAUAUAUUUUUAUAUUUGUAACAAAUUUGUGUUUAGCGUCUGUUAUGAAUCUUCUGUAUGAAAAAGCAAUGUUUUUAAUUUUUUUUUAAUUACUUGAUUCUAUGUAAGGGCAACAUUAGAACAAUAAUACAAAUGUAUUUUGAAUAUAGAACUGUUGAUAUUAAUUACCAAGGAGAUUCAAAUAUGAGAUGACUUUUAUUUUUAAAUAUUCAGAGCAGACUUGUUUGUUCAAAUGUAUAAAAUGAUAAAUUUAUAUUUUAAAAUAUUUUUUUUUAUUUUUUUAUUCUGUUAUGCAUGUUUUUAUAUAUACCACAUGUUGUAUACGAGAGUAUAUAACUUUACAAACCUGUUGUUAUGAUCAGUAUCUAUAAAACUGUUAUAUGAAUGCUCCUAAUCUAAUGUACUGUGUCAACGCUUCCAAUGAUUAUCGAGUAAUUGAACUAACUAGUGAUAAAAAACCUAUUGUUAAUGAGCAAAGUAUUUUCAUAAAUAAAUUUUUAUUUAAAAAUUA